GUUUAUGACGUAGAGGACAGCCGCGCAAGCUAGCCAGCGCGAGACCAGUCGCUCAAGCGCUCGCUUCGGGUUUGCUUGUUUGUUUACUCUGUUUUUUUGUUUCCGGUUGGUCGGGUAAAGAUGCGAGCUUCUAGAGAAGCUCGAAAUCUUCAGAACCACCGGUACCAGUGACGGCUUGGUUCUGGCCUGAUGAGUUUAUUUGCUCUGUUCCAAACCUGCGGGAAAACGGAAGUGACAGACCGCGGGAAAAUGUCGUUACUUCCUGUGUGAUGAAGUCUUGGCGCGAUUCGACAGUUGUAAACAAAAAAGACUCGAAACCAGUUUUUGCAGGAGUUAAGAGAAAUCCAGGAAAGUUCUAAAAUGAUGGAGAAAAGUUUGGAAGCUGCUGGUAAGAGCAUUCAUUCCUGCCUCUCACUGUGGUGUUCAGCCGUGGUCCCUGCAGCCAGUGACGACUCUGUGGACAUCUACGAUGGUCUGGACGUCGGCCCUGGCAGCACCACAGAGAACUGGGAUGCUGGAAGCUCUGAGCUGAAAGAGUCCAUGGAUCUGUAUGAAGAUCUGGUGAAAGAGGAGCAGCAGAGCAGAGAGUCGUCGUACCAGGAGCUGAAGUCCAGGUUCCAAGCGGCCCAGAACCAGAUCAAAGAGCUGCUGCGGAGACUGGAGCAGAUGGAGAUCCAGAACUCAGGUCUGAGCGCGGAGAACAACAGACUGAAGAAGAACAUCUCAGCACUCCUACGAACAGCCAGACUGGAAGUGAUGCGGAAAGACGCAGAGAUCCAGAGACUCAAUCAGUGGGCAGAGUGGAGUCGACAUUCUUGCCAGCCGCGCUUAAAAAAUCCAGAUCCCUCCUGUCGGGUCCCAACAGCUGCUACUAUAAGACCUCCUCCUCCUCCUCCACCGCUUCCAUCUCUUCCUCCUCCUCUUCCUCCACCGCUUCCAUCUCUUCCUCCUCCACCUCCUCUUCCACCUCCACCCUCCAAGGAGGAGUAUCAUCUGAGGGAUCCACCUUCCAAAACAGAAAGUCAGAGCAAGUCUUCUAACGGAUCUCCUCAUCGCCAUUUGAAAAGAGACAACAAGACUUCAGAAAAAGGAUCUAAAUCAGAACCGCACAAGUCCAGAAACAAAGACGACCAACAUUCGGGUCUGCGGCUGUCCGAGUUGGCUGACCGGAGGCACAGAGACGCUUCAGGUCCUGACAAGAACUCCAGAGAUCCUCACAGACCAGACCGAGAGUCCAUGCGGAGGCACGACUCCAGGACUGGCUGGAGCCGACCGGCCUCUUCCUCUGACAGCAGCAAAGGGAGCAUUCGAGAGCGAAGACACGACCAACCAAAAACCGCGCCUCCUGAACACGGCGCCAAACCCGACUGCAGCCGCAAGCACAGAAAGACCAAGAGCAGCGAGGCGCAGGACAGACGCUCCAACACACAUGAGUGGAAAAGGUUGAGUUCCCACGCCGGACACGAAGGCCGAGAAGAGGAUCGACGCAAAGAUCACCAGAGGAAGGAGGACAGAGGACAGCAAGAAGAGAACAGGAAACACAGGAGGAGCAAUCCAUCAGAAUCCGCCAGGGAGCCACAGCGACACAAAAAGCCGAAAGACCGAACCCAAAGACGGGAGAGGAGACACAAAUCUGUGGAGAGACUGUCUGCAGAACCAAACCUGGAGGAGAACAGUCCCAACAGGAAGCUGUGCUUCAUGGAAACCCUGAACCUGACCAUUUCCCCAAUGAAGAAACCCAAGAGCGCACUUAGUGCGGACACCGGCCUUAGUGCAGACACCGGCCUUAGUGCGGACACCUGCCUUAGUGCAGACACCUGCCUUAGUGCAGACACCGGCCUUAGUACUGACACCGGCCUUAGUGCAGACACCUGCCUUAGUGCAGACACCUGCCCAGACGCGGAGAACUGCCAGCCCGACCUUGCAGACAUGUGCGUCAUUGACGAAGUGGACAGCAGCGAGUUGGGAAGUUGCGGAGAAGCGGAUUGCCUCCCUGCCUCCAGCUCAGAGAGCGUGGGGCUGCGGUCCGACAAGGACGAGGGCAAAAACUGCAGCGCCGACAGUUCGGACCAAACUGCCUCACAUCAGAGCGAGUCCAGAGAAGGUCUCAGUUCCAAACCUGCCGAGAGGAGUUCAGAGGGAGCAGAGCAGGGAGCUGCAGAGGCUGGACCUCCUGCAGACUCCUGCCUGACAUCUGUUGCCGUUCCUGACCACCAAAGCCUCCUCCCUGAUCCACCCGCUCUCCUGGACUCCAGCCAAACUCAUCCAAAGACAGAAAGUUCUGCUCCACCUGAAGAAGCCAGCGGGACUGAAGACGGAGCAGCUUGUCCUCAGCAGGAGCCGUGCCCCACCUCCUCCACCAGCGUCUGUCAGCAGAAGGACGCUCCUGCAGACGCCGAGGCCGUGUCCAGCACCAUCAGCCUGGACUCCCUUCCCCAGGAGGGGCUGAGUCUGACGGACGCCAUUGUUGUCCUGACGCAGGCAGACAGCGCCCCAGCCUCCGCCGCAGCAGAGCCCUCCUCCUCCACCGGCUGCAUCGCGGUCUCCAAAGUCAGCAGCACCACAGAGGAGGCGCCGACGACGCCCAGGAAGAUCUACACUCCCGCAGCGGAGCCCAGCAGCUCCGCCCCCCUCCCUCACGACGAGGACUCCAUGAUGAGGACGCUCAGGAACCUGAGCAGGAUCCCCGACGCCAUCAGCCCCCUCAGGAGCCCCGUGCGCGUCGCCAAGCACCUGGUCCACCUGCAGAACCGACAGGGGCUGGUGAAGAGCCUCCAGAAAGACUUCUCCGACUCCACGGCUGCCGGAAGCUCCGAGAAGCUGGAUGUCAACAAGGAGAACAAGCAUCCAGGUUCCCCAGCAGACCCCCUGGAGAAGCCAUCGGCAAGCCGCCCCGACAGCGACGUGGAGGAGGGGGAGAUAGUCAGCGAAAGCGACGAGGCGGCUUCAGCUUCCCCCGCUUCUCCCCCCAAGAGGCCGAAGCUGACGGCGCCGGUCCUCAACAAACCGAGUCCCGCUUCCAGAAGAAAACCGGAAGAAAAGAAGGCCGCUUCAAGAGAAGCUCCUCAACCAGCAGGGGGGCCGGUCCAUAGCCCUCGGAACCGCUUUAAAACCGUCUCCCCCGUGAUGAGCAAAGCCUCCUUUUCCACCGUAGAGGAAGUCAUGGAGAUGUUCAAGUCGGUCCGAGCUCAGAUCCGAAAGAAGUACAUGAAGCUCCAUAAGACGUUCCCCAAGAAGAGCUUCUGCGGUGUAAUGGAGAACUUCCAGAAGUCCUACUUGGAGUUUGUGGACCGAGCUAAUUUUGGCGACAUGUGCAGUCAGGGGGAGGAGCUUAAGUCCCGGCUGAAGAACCUGAUUGGCUCCGUGUUCAGGAAAGUUGUGAAUAACGGCAUCGUGAAGCGCAUCUUUGAGCAGCAGGCGGUGGACCUGAAGCAGAAGCUGUGGGACUUUGUGGACGUGCAGGUGGAGUAUCUGCUGCAGGACAUCCAGGAGGCGCUGAAGAGCCUCUGCAAACCCGCCAGAGCUCUGGACGGCGGCAAAAGGGAGGCCCGGCGGCCUGGCGUACAGACGCCACAGGCCGAGCGGAAGGAGCUGCGCUCCUCCAACCCGGGCCCGGAUCAGGCAAAGUCCUGCCCCGUGGUUCCAUACAGAACCGGUCUUGGAAGCAGAGGGAAAGACAUCCGGAUCACUCAAGGAGACACACUGGAGAAUGUUCAUCCAACAGAUGAUCCAACAGACGGGCGUUUGUUGGAGCUCCUCCCACGGCGAAAUCUUCCCUCCAACCCAGAGAAGAACCUGAGCUCGGCCCACGACAGACCCGACUUCCAGCUGCUGACGGAGCAGCAGGCUUCCAGCCUGACCUUUAACCUGGUCAGAGACUCUCAGAUGGGGGAGAUCUUCAGGUGUCUCCUGCAGGGGUCGGACCUGCUGGAGAGCAGCGGGGUGGGCGGGGACUCCGCCACGUGGUCCCUGGGUACUCCAAGGAAGGACGGCGAAAGGUUCCUCAGCAUCAGCACGCCAUCCAAAUUUGAGUCCCCAUCCAAGCUGCUGUCCCCCGCCAAGUUUGACACGCCCUCCAAGCUCAUCGCCACGUGGUCGAGUAUCUCCCCCCGCAGGGUCCUGUCCCCUCGAGCCAAGGAUCCAGCCGGACUGAACCCGGCGCUGUUUGACGACAACUGCCUCCUCGAGGUUCCGUCGCAGGGCCGGGCGCCACUCAAGUCGUACUCCAUCCUGGCCGAAGACCUGGCGGUGUCACUCACCAUCCCGUCGCCGCUCAAGUCUGACAGCCACCUCAGCUUCCUGCAGAUCGUGUCCACGCCCGACAGCGUCCUCAGCGCUCACAUCAGCGAAGACGCCCUGCUGGACGGCGAGGACGCCACCGAGCAAGACAUCCAUCUCGCCCUCGACACCGACAACUCCACCUGCGCCUCCAACAGCAGCGUCGCCUCCGAAGCAGCCGCCGCGCCUUUCCUCUUCAAGCCCGACGUCCAGAUGGAGGCGCUGGUGCUGGAGAGAUCCAACGACCACUUCAUCGUGAAGAUUCGACAAGCAGACUGCGGCGCCACGCCGACCGCCGACGAGACCUUCAGCCGAACGCUGACAGAGGAAAAUCUGCUAACCGAAGACCCGCAGGUUCAGAAAAGUCCAACUCGAACAGAUUCCCCCCCUCCAGAGGAAAGUUCAGCUCUCCAACCAACAGUGUCAGAAGAGAAGAAGCUUCCAGAUGGAGUCACUGCUACCUGUAAUGUCUCAGCCAAUCAGGCGCUUCUCAGGGAAGGCCAUGGAAGUACACCCGCAAACCUAGAGAACCCGGCGCCACGGCAACAACUCUGCUCUGGUUCAGAGAGGAACCAGACCAACCGGUCCGAACGAGACCAGAGUUCCAGCGUCACAGAAGACACCAGCAGCUCGCCAGAGAAAGCCCGGGAAGGUCACCAGAAAGGUCAGAAGCGGAAGAAGCACACCGACAAGUCCAAAAACAAGAAGCCCAGGAACGAGGAGGAGGAGGAGGUCUUCAAGGAGGCGUCUCCUCCCAGCAUGGAGGACGAGCAGCCAAACGCAGGGCUGUCGGCCCGCAACGUCGUCAAGAAGAAGGGCGAGGUGGUGAUGACGUGGAGCAGAGAUGAAGAUCGAGCCAUCCUGAUGGAGCUGAAGAGCAGCGGCCCGUCCCGGGAGACCUUCUCCGCUCUGUCGGAGAGGCUGCAGAAGCCGUCGGGACAGAUUGCACACAGGUUCCACCAGCUGAUGAAGCUUUUCAAGAAGAGGGAGAAGAUGGAGGCCUGAGCACAACAGGAGAUACUGUGACUUCACCACUACAGCUCUGGAUCCGUUCAGAACCAACCUCAGACAUGUUCCUUUUUCUCAAACUGAGAAGCUUUAGAUCGGAAGGUUUCCUUUGACAUUUUACUUUUGGCGUCUGAAGUUUUUCUGAUAAUCAGAUCAGACGUUUACAUGUCUGCUCAGUGAACAGAUUCUGUCCUCAUCCUGAAAAAAACGGCAAUAUUCUUGUACAUAAUUCUUAAUAAAAAAUGCUUUUAUUUAUUUAA